AGCCGGUUUUGUCGAAUUAGCUUCCUUUUUUUUUUUUUCUUCUUUUUUUGGCGCCAGUUCCUGGGACAGACACUGCUUGAGGGAGGAGUCCUCGGGGGUGUUCUCUGAGGUUUCCUUCCUCGUCCUAUCCAGUCACCUGAGGUGGGACUGCGGACUGGAGCAGGGCAGAGGUCCUUCAUAGCCAGAGGAGGGGAAAGUCAGGGGGAUUCCCCUACUUUCUUCUCACCCAGGCACAGGGUACCGCUGCUUGCCACAAAAACCCCAAGGAGGCUUUCUUUUGCCUAUUCAUAUUGUCUAUUGUGUGUCAGGUCCUGUGCUGAGCUGAUGUGGCGGGACAGGAAAGAACGCGCGGUUCUGGCUACAGUGAAUAGGCCUGGGGCAGUGCCCGGUCCAGCCUCGGAAAGUCAGAGACUGCUUACGGCAGGGGACUGGGGCGAGAGCCCCGACUGGGAACGCAGCGCCCGCGCACAAACUGAUGGCGAGCGAAGAGGCAUACUCCUCAGGUGUCACCACGCCGGGAAGGCACUCUUCAAUGUCAUCAUCCCAGACCACCGUGCAGAUGCCUUCUCUCCUCCCCGCCUCGGCCCCUCAGGCUCUGUGGACCGGCUUGUGGACGGUCUUCUGGGUGGUCUGUCCCGAUGGGAUGCUGAACACUUCCUGUUCAUUGCUGAGCACGGCUACCUUUACGAACACAACUUUGCCUUCUUCCCCGGCUUCCCCUUGGUCCUGCUGAUGGGGACCGAACUGCUGAGACCCUUGCAGGGCCUCUUGAGCCAGCGCAGUUGCCUUCUGAUCUCAGUAGCACUUCUCAACUUCCUGUUCUCUGUGCUGGCUGCAGUGGCACUUCAUGACUUGGGUUGUCUGGUUUUGCACUGUCCUCGCCAGGCCUUCUGUGCAGCGCUGCUCUUCUGCCUCAGCCCUGCCAAUGUUUUCUUGGCAGCUGGUUACUCGGAAGCUUUGUUUGCCUUUCUGACAUUCAGCGCCAUGGGGCAGCUGGAGAGGGGCCGAGGCUGGGCUAGCGGGCUGCUCUUUGCUCUUGCCGCUGGGGUGCGCUCCAAUGGGCUGGUGAGCGUGGGCUUCCUCCUCCACUCUCAGUGCAGAGCCUUUUGUUCUUCUUUGGUGGUGCUGAGCCCCUUGAAACAGCUCAUCAAGCUGAUGGCCUCUCUGUGCCUGGCAGUGCUCACAGUCGGCUUUCCUUUUGCCCUCUUUCAGUAUUAUGCCUACACCCAGUUCUGUUUACCAGGCUCAGCCCGCUCCAUCCCAGAGCCCUUGCUGCAGCUAGCUUCGGACAAAGGCUACCGGCUUGCGGGAGGAAGUAAGCCCCCAUGGUGCUCCUGGGAUGUUCCUCUAAUAUACAACUAUAUUCAGAAUGUCUACUGGAAUGUUGGUCUUCUGCGAUACUAUGAGCUCAGACAGGUGCCCAAUUUUCUACUAGCUACACCAGUGGCUGUACUGGUUGUGUGGGCAACCUGGACAUAUGUGACCACCCACCCUUGGCUCUGCCUUACACUUGGGCUGCAAAGGACCAAGGACAGGGAGACUCUGGAGAAGCCCCUUCCUGGCUUCCUCAGUCCGAAGGUGUUUGUGUACCUGGUCCACGCUGCUGCGCUGCUGAUCUUUGGAGGUCUGUGCAUGCAUGUCCAGGUUCUCACGCGAUUUUUGGGCUCGUCCACUCCUAUCAUGUACUGGUUUCCAGCUUACCUGCUUCAAGAUCAAGAACCCCUGUUGAGGUAUGUAGACACAGCAGCACCUCAGAAACUUCUUGAGGAGAAUUCCCCACCAGGACAAAAGGCCCCCAGAAACUGUGUCAUGAAACUCUUGUACAACUGGAAGACCUGCUCUCCAGUCACAAAAUGCCUCCUAGUCUACUUCCUGACCUACUGGCUCCUGGGACUAAUUCUUCAUUGCAACUUCCUGCCUUGGACUUGACCUGGAGUCUCAAGGGACAAGCUGGAAGCUAAUUUAACCCAGGGUUUGAAAGCUAUGAGACACACUGGCUGGGACUGCCUGCACACCCUUGAGAGCACCGUCCAGUGGGGUCUCCUCGUGUCUCUCUGGAGGCCAGUUAAGAAGGGAAAAUGUGACCAUAGGAGUCCCUUCUCAUCCUGGGUGGGGCGAGUUUAGGGGAGUAACUUCACUGCCCAGUGGAACUGUCUCAAAUCUCCCUAGUCAAAAAGUAUCAGGCAGUCUUAAACCUACUACUGAUCCAUGUGUAAGCCUUUGUCUUUUUGUUUUUUGAGAGAGGGUUUCUCUUUGUAGCCCUGGCUGUCCUGGAACUCUGUACACCAGGU